UUGUGGAUCCGGUUUGGAGCACACUCGUCGUUGAAGAAGCGAUGGCUAGCGCCAAUAUUAAACAAGGGUCUAAAAUUAUUCCCAAAGGGUCGGGGGGAGGCACGGGGGCGGCGGGGGCUCCCGGUGUACCCCCGGUAAUGCCCCUCGCUUCUCCACUCAUGGGGAAAAAGAAGAAGCCGUUCCUGGGGAUGCCCGCUCCGCUGGGCUACGUCCCAGGUCUCGGUAGAGGUGCAACUGGUUUCACCACCCGAUCUGAUAUUGGUCCCGCUCGUGAUGCCAAUGAUCCAGUGGAUGAUCGGCAUGCGCCCCCAGGGAAGAGGACGGUUGGGGACCAAAUGAAAAAGAACCAGGAAGAAGAUGAGGAAGAUCUGAACGACACCAACUAUGAUGAGUUCAAUGGAUAUGCGGGUAGCUUGUUUUCCAGUGGGCCCUAUGAAAAAGACGACGAAGAAGCAGAUGCUAUAUAUGCAGCUCUAGACAAGAGGAUGGAUGAAAGACGCAAAGAAAGAAGGGAGCUGAGAGAAAAGGAAGAAAUCGAGAAAUAUCGUAUGGAGCGACCUAAAAUUCAGCAGCAGUUUUCAGAUCUAAAGAGAAAGCUGGCAGAGGUGUCAGAAGAGGAGUGGCUUAGCAUACCUGAGGUUGGAGAUGCAAGGAACAAGCGCCAGAGGAAUCCCCGCCAUGAAAAACUCACCCCUGUCCCCGACAGCUUCUUCUCCAAACACCUGCAGACCGGAGAGAACCACACAAGUGUUGACCCUCUGCAGGGGCUGGGAGGUCUGAACACCCCUUAUCCAGGAAGUAUGACCCCUGGUCUGAUGACGCCAGGGACAGGAGAGCUGGACAUGAGGAAAAUUGGUCAGGCCAGAAACACACUCAUGGAUAUGAGGCUGAGUCAGGUGUCUGACUCAGUGAGUGGACAGACAGUGGUGGAUCCUAAGGGUUACCUGACGGAUCUUAACUCCAUGAUCCCCACACAUGGAGGGGACAUCAGUGACAUCAAGAAAGCUCGUCUGCUGCUGAAAUCGGUGAGAGAGACCAAUCCCCAUCACCCACCUGCCUGGAUUGCCUCUGCCAGGCUGGAGGAGGUGACUGGCAAACUUCAGGUGGCAAGGAACCUGAUCAUGAAAGGCACAGAGAUGUGUCCUAAGAGUGAGGAUGUUUGGCUGGAGGCUGCCCGGCUCCAGCCUGGUGACACAGCCAAAGCCGUGGUAGCCCAGGCAGUCCGCCACCUGCCAGGGUCUGUACGCAUCUACAUCAGAGCCGCGGAGCUGGAGACAGAUGUCAGGGCCAAGAAACGAGUCCUCAGGAAAGCCCUGGAGAAUGUGUCGAAGUCGGUUCGACUGUGGAAGACGGCAGUUGAGCUGGAGGAACCAGAAGAUGCCAGGAUCAUGCUAAGCAGAGCUGUGGAGUGUUGCCCUACUAGUGUGGAGCUGUGGCUGGCGCUGGCCCGGUUAGAAACGUAUGAGAACGCCCGUCGUGUCCUCAACAAAGCUCGAGAGAACAUUCCCACUGAUCGGCACAUCUGGAUCACUGCCGCCAAGUUGGAGGAGGCCAAUGGCAACACCCAGAUGGUGGACAAGAUCAUCGACAGAGCCAUCACCUCUCUACACGCCAACGGUGUGGAGAUCAACAGAGAGCAGUGGAUACAGGAUGCAGAGGAAUGUGAUAAGGCAGGCAGCGUGGCUACCUGCCAGGCCGUGAUUCGAGCCGUCAUUGGGAUUGGGAUUGAGGAGGAGGACUGUAAACACACCUGGAUGGAGGAUUCAGAGAGUUGUGUGGCCCAUGGCGCGCUGGAGUGUGCGAGGGCCAUCUAUGCCCACGCCCUGCAGAUGUUCCCCAGUAAAAAAAGUGUCUGGCUCAGAGCUGCUUACUUUGAGAAGAGCCAUGGCACCAGGGAGUCUUUGGAGGCCUUGCUCCAGCGAGCUGUGGCUCACUGUCCCAAGGCAGAGGUCCUGUGGCUGAUGGGGGCCAAGUCCAAGUGGCUGGCUGAGGAUGUGCCUGCAGCCAGAAGCAUCCUGGCUCUGGCCUUCCAGGCUAACCCUAACAGUGAAGAGAUCUGGCUUGCUGCUGUCAAACUGGAGUCUGAGAAUAAUGAGUAUGAAAGAGCUCGUCGACUGCUGGCCAAGGCCCGCAGCAGCGCCCCGACAGCCAGGGUAUUUAUGAAAUCUGUGAAGUUGGAGUGGGUGUUGGGAAACAUUGAGGCUGCCCAGGAACUGUGCACUGAGGCCCUGAAACACUACGAGGACUUUCCAAAACUUUGGAUGAUGAGAGGCCAGAUAGAGGAGCAGUGUGAAAACAUGGACAAGGCCAGAGAGGCCUACAACCAAGGGUUGAAGAAGUGUCCCCACUCGGGGGCCCUGUGGUUGUUGCUGUCUCAUCUUGAAGAGAGAGUGGGACAGUUGACCAGAGCCAGAGCGAUCCUGGAGAAGGCGCGACUCAAGAACCCACAGAGCCCUGAGCUAUGGCUGGAGUCGGUGAGACUGGAGUUCAGGGCCGGACUGAAAAACAUCUCCAACACGCUGAUGGCCAAAGCCCUGCAGGAGUGCCCCAACUCAGGUAUCCUGUGGGCUGAGGCUGUGUUUUUGGAGGCCAGGCCCCAACGGAAGACUAAGAGUGUGGACGCUCUGAAGAAAUGUGAACACGAUCCCCACGUCUUGCUCGCUGUAGCCAAAUUGUUUUGGAGCGAGCGUAAGAUCACCAAAGCCAGAGAGUGGUUCCUCAGGACAGUGAAGAUUGAGCCGGAUCUGGGCGAUGCCUGGGCCCUCUUCUACAAGUUUGAGCUGCAACAUGGCACAGAAGAGCAGCAGGAAGAGGUGCGCAAGCGCUGUGAGAACGCGGAGCCGCGCCAUGGAGAGCUGUGGUGUGCCGAGUCCAAACACGUCCUGAAUUGGCAGCUGAAGACGGGAGAGAUCUUAACGACUGUGGCCGGCAAGAUCAAGAACACAUUCUGAGACAUCGGGGGGACAUUUGGACUGAAAACCACCUGGAGCACUCUGGCAGUCACAAGUGUAGCAGGGUAAUCGGCCACGGACAAGCUCAACCUGCCCACCUCUGGAACUAAGUACUGACACCUGUCCCCUUCGACUCUCUUCAUGUUGUAUUGUUUUACCAUAUUAAAUCAUAGUUGCUGUUCUAACCAACAGAAAAUCCUGGGUUAAUGACGUCAAAGUGGAAAAAAACCCCACAUGCAACCUAUGGUAACUCAUGAUUGGCUGCAACAGUAAUGAUUUAAUAUGAUUUAAAAGUUAACCUCCCUACAUUUUUUAUUUUUACAACAUUUUGAUGAAUUUGUUUUCACUUUGAUAUGCCUCUGUUUUUUCUGCUGCUUGGUGUACACGAGUCACAUUUCAGUAACUGUUGUUUGAAGAAUGUGAAAGAAUAAACACGUGGGAAUGAAAAUGAAUCAUUUGGGUCGAGAGAGAGAAAUACACCAAACACACACACAGGUUGAUGCUUGAGCCGGGGGACUGUAGGCUUCAAGUGGUCAGUUGUUAUUGUCUCAAAUUGUCUUUAGUUAAAAAUGCUUGUCUGUUCAAUACGAUGUGACUGUGUAUAUAAAAACGUCUGGCAGUGAUCUCGUGGUAGUCAUGAGUUAUGAUCUGCUCUUUUCUUUUUUUACACAGCUUGCUUGAAAUACAUGUUUAAAAAUACUUUGCAGGAAUUCAAUAAACAAAGUUUAUUGCACCAGU